AUGUCCACUGGAGGCAGGUUUGACUUUGAUGAUGGGGGGUCGUACUGUGGAGGGUGGGAACAGGGCAAGGCUCAUGGCCGAGGGGUCUGCACAGGCCCCCAGGGCCAGGGGGAAUAUGCAGGGGCCUGGAGCCAUGGAUUUGAGGUUCUUGGAGUGUAUACCUGGCCCAGUGGGAACAGUUAUAAAGGGACCUGGGCGCAAGGUAAGCGGCAUGGCAUUGGCGUGGAGACCAAAGGCAGGUGGGAGUACAAGGGGGAGUGGACACAAGGGUUCAAGGGCCGCUACGGGAGGCUGGAAAGCACCAGCAGUGGAGCUCGGUAUGAAGGCACCUGGAGUAAUGGUUUACAGGAUGGAUAUGGGUCAGAGACCUACUCUGAUGGAGGUUCUUACCAGGGACAGUGGUUGAGUGGCAUGCGACACGGCUAUGGUGUGCGCCAGAGUGUGCCUUAUGGCAUGGCCGCUGUCAUCUUUUCCCCUCUGCGUACCUCUAUAAACUCGCUGCGCUCUGAACCUAGUGAGGGUGCUCCAACACCUAAUGAUGGCUCCGCUGUAAGUGGAAUAGCAGGGAGCCCAUUGGGCCGUGGAGGAUUCGUGCUCUGCGCCCAAAGUGAUACAGACAGGCAGCGGAAAAGAAAGGGCCGAUUCCGGCAGUCCAUCCUCAGUGGACUAAAGCUACGCCGUUCUGAGUCCAAGAGCUCUCUGGCCAGUCAGCUAAGCAAGCAGAGUUCAUUUUGCAGCGAGGCGGGCAUGAGCACAGUCAGCUCUGCAGCAUCUGACAUCAACUCCAAUGUCAGCCUUGGUGAUGGGGAGACAGGAGCCAAUGUGGAUGCCACAGUUACUGAAACAUACGUGGGGGAAUGGAGAAAUGACAUGCGUACAGGUUGGGGUGUCAGUCAUCGCUCAGAUGGACUGCGCUACGAGGGCGAGUGGUUUGGGAACAAGCGGCAUGGUUAUGGCUGCACCACCUUUCCUGAUGGGACAAAGGAAGAAGGCAAAUACAAGCAGAACGUUUUGGUGAGUGGCAAAAGGAAGAACCUAAUUCCACUGCGCACCAGCAAAAUUCGGGAGAAGGUGGACCGUGCUGUGGAAGCUGCUGAGAAGGCUGCAGAAAAUGCAAAACAGAAGGCUGAAAUUGCAUUGUCAAGGACAAGUCAUGCCCGAGGAAAAGCUGAGGCAGCUGAGGGAGUUGCACAAAGGGCUCUGGAAGAAUGUCGUCUGGCCCGGAUUAUUGCCAAAGAACUCUCCCCGUCCUUUCAUCAUUAUGGAAAUGGACUGGAGUGCCAAAGACCAAAACGUCAGGACAGGAAAGAAAAAGAUAUAGAAGUCAUCUCGACUGGGACAGAUAGCCCUGAACUCUGUACGCCAGGCACAACUCCUCCAGCCCAUACCCCAGACCUGAGUCCUGCCCUGAGCAACCCCCCUUCACCUCCAUGUACCCCAUCAUCUCAUCGAGCCAGAAGUACCUGCUUUAUGCGUCAAAGUGCUGUAGACGAACAAGGAGGGGCAGAGAUUCAGGUUCUGGUUGAAGGAAGAGGUAUAGAUAACGGAAGAGAAGGAGCCCAUAGCUGGACUGCUGACAUGUAUCCCAACCGCCGUGGAAGCAAGGGGGACAGUAGCCGCUCUACCACACCAUCCCUCCUGGAGGAGGACAUUGGUCACAUGAAUGGGCAUGAGGAAAACUCCACGACUCAUCACUCAUGGGAGAAUGGUUCUUCCAAUCACAAGCCUGUUGAUCACAUCUCCUCAGAUAAGGCAUGGGAACACAUGUCCUCUAAUCAAAAGUCCUGGAAGCAUGCAUCAUCCAAUCACAAGUCCAGAGAAUACACAAUCUCCAAACAAAGAGAAUGGGAGCAUAUUCCAUCAAGUCACAACUCUGUGGACCACAACUCUUCCAAGAUUAAACCACAGGUGCACACAUAUUCCAAUCACAAGAUCUCGGGCCAUAGCUUGUCCAAUCACAAAACUCAUGAGCAUUCGUCUUCUAAUCACAAGCCCAAGGAGUAUAUCUCCACCCAUGCAAAAUCACAAGAUCAUGUGUCCUCCCACUACAAUGCUCGAGAGCAUGUAUCUUCCUAUCGCAAAUCACACGAGCAUGUCCACUUCAAUAGCAAACCAAGCCACUCCUUUACCAAUCACACAGCCUGUGAAUCAAGCUUGAAUGACUGCCAGCAACCGGAUCGUGGAUCCAAGAGCUCCACUUUGUCUUGGACUGUUGAGAACUCUUCCCAAUGGAUGCCCUGCCACUCACAGCUGCCAGAGAAAGAGAAAGAAAAGCUGGAUGACUAUCGUGUGGAAAUGAGGUUUCAGCCCCUGGACUCAAUUUCCCAGCAGCAGUUUGGCGUGGAAUGUCUCCAAGGGCAAAAUUUGCAGACACUGCGACAGCGGAACCACGAAGGCAAGGACUGGAGCCUAACACAAAGGGAAGGGUCCAUGGACUCUGUGCAGAUGCUGGACAGCCUGAAUGUUGGGGUGGAUUUGGAGGAGUGGCCAUUGCACAGGGAUGUCACCCUUUCGCCCCCUUCAAUGUCCUCUCCAAUUACACUGGAAAAUGAAGGAGAGCAUCUGAACCUGGUCAAAGCAAACUCAGGCUCCAGCUCUGUCCUGGUGGUCAUGGUGAUUUUACUUAACAUUGGUGUAGCCAUUUUGUUCAUUCAUUUCUUUAUUUAAACUCAAUGGCCUAGAGAAUGUUAUUAACAGCACUUACUAUUAUAAAAAAGUAAGAUAUGCACAUGCUGCACACUUAGCACCACUACUUUAUGUAAGGAACCCUGACUUACGUUAGUCAAGCCCAUGUACAUCAGAUGACUCCAUGUAAAUUGUAAGUUUAGUUUGUGGUUCCAUUUACUAUAUAUUUACAUUAUUAUCCAUUAGGUACUGUAUCUUUGCUUAAUUUUUACCUCAUUCAUAAA